AGCCCGCCCCCUCCUCCGCCCUCCCCUCUCCUGCCCCGCACCACACCCGCCUGUUCUGCGCUCCAGCUGGCCCGGGUGGGGCGCGGGGGGCGGGCCGAGGGAGGCGCUCGGGCAGUGCGGCGCUGGUUGCCGAUGCCUCCUUCUUUGCUCGCUUCCACCCUCCGGAGCCACCUGUAGAGCCCAGGCAGCCGUUGGUCUCCCUCCCCCUCUCCCCCAGGUCCGCUUCGCCCCCUGCCCCUGCCCCCUCGGGCGCCCCCGCACACCCCCCGCUCCCCAUCCUCGCUCCGCGGCGAUCUGCUCCCCCUCCUCCCCGCCCCCGCUGCCUGGGGCGCAGAGCUCCGGACAUGUAGCUGCCUGGGCUGCGGCCGCCCUGGGACACCCGGCCCCCCGCACCCCCAACGCAAAGGGAGACCAUGGCUCGGAACAUUUCCCUGAAUUUCCGCGUGGUGGAGGGACGAGACCUGCCGGCCAAAGACGUGUCUGGCAACAGUGACCCCUACUGCAUUGUCAAGGUGGACCAUGAGGUGGUAGCCAGGACAGCAACUGUGUGGAGAAACCUGAAUCCCUUCUGGGGAGAAGAGUACACCCUGCAUCUGCCGCUGGACUUCCAUCAUUUGGCCUUCUAUGUUCUGGAUGAAGACACCAUCGGACACGAUGACAUCAUUGGCAAGAUCUCACUGAGCAAGGAGACCAUUGCAUCUGCAAGCCCCCGAGGGAUUGAUAGCUGGCUCAAUCUGAGUCACGUGGACCCCGAUGAGGAGGUGCAAGGGGAGAUCCACCUGGAUGUGAAGCUCCUGGCAGAGGCCCAGGGACCUCGGCUCCGCUGCCACAUCAUCGAGGCUCGAGACUUGGCUCCCCGAGACCUCUCCGGCACUUCGGACCCCUUUGCCCGCAUAUUCUGGGGCAGCCAGAGCCUCGAAACGGUGACCAUCAAGAAGACACGAUUUCCCCAUUGGGAUGAGGUGCUAGAGCUUCAUGGCGAGGAGGGCCCGCUCCGAGUGGAGGUGUGGGACUGGGACAUGGUGGGCAAGAAUGACUUCCUGGGAAUGGUGGAGUUUUCUCCUGAUGUUCUGCUCCAGUGUCCCCCCAGUGGCUGGUUCCGUCUGCUACCCUUUGCCAGUGCUGAAGAGGAUGCUGGGGGUAAACUGGGGGCCCUGCGGCUCAAGGUGCGCCUGGCUGAGGAGCGCAUCUUGCCUUCUGUGUACUACCAACCCCUUAUUGAGUUGUUGGUGGAGUCUGUUCUGUCCCCGGCCCAGGAUGACACCGUGACCCCUUUGGCCAUGCUGGAUGAAGUGAGCUCUGGGGAGAGUCGGCAGGAUAUCGCAACCCAACUGGUGAAAAUAUUCCUGGGUCGAGGUCUGGCCGUGCCCCUCCUGGACUACCUCAAUCUUCAGGAAGUAUCCCGGACCACGGAUCCCAAUACCCUGUUUCGCUCCAACUCUCUGGCCUCCAAGUCCAUGGAGCAGUUCAUGAAGUUGGUGGGCACACCUUAUCUCCAUGAGGUCCUCAAGCCUUGUGUCAAUCGCAUCUUUGAAGAGAAGAAGUACAUUGAGCUGGACCCAUGUAAGAUAGAGCUGACCCGGACCAGGAGAAUCUCCUUCAAGGGCACCCUGUCCGAGGAGCACGUGCGGGAAAACAGCCUGGGGUUGCUGACGGGAUACCUGGGAGAGAUCCUGGAGGCCAUCACAGCCUCUGUGGACAAGUGUCCUCCGGCCAUGAGGGUGGCUUUCAGACAGCUGCACCAGAGAGUGGAGGAGCGCUUCCCGGAGACCGAGCACGAGGAUGUGAAGUACGUGGCCAUCAGCGGCUUCCUCUUCCUUCGAUUUUUUGCUCCCGCCAUCCUCACCCCCAAGCUCUUUGAUCUCCGGGACCAUCACGCCGAUCCCCAGACCAGCCGUUCCCUGCUGCUACUUGCCAAGGCUGUACAGAGCAUUGGCAAUCUGGGCCAGCAGCUGGGCCGGGGAAAGGAGCAAUGGAUGGUCCCCCUACAUCCCUUCCUUCUCCAGAGCAUCGCCCGGGUAAAAGAAUUCUUGGACAAGCUGGUGGACAUCGAUGCUGAGGGUGCCCUCGAGGCCCAACCACGGCUCCUGUUCCCCCCAUCGGCAGUCAUCAAAGAAGGCUACCUGCAUCUUCGGAAGGCAGAGACCGGGGCCCUUGUUCCCCGCUUUGCCUUCAAGAAGAGGUACUUUUGCCUUAGCAGUGAGACCUUCUCCUAUUCCAAGGCUCCUGAGUGGCAGGUGCGGACCUCCAUCCCGGUGUGUAGGAUCUGCGCCGUGGAAAGGGUGGAUGAAAAUGCCUUCCAGCAGCCGCAUAUGAUGCAGGUCAUCACCAAGAACAGGGACGGGCAGCUGGACACCCUAUACAUUCACUGCAAGGUGCGAAUACUUCAUCUCCCUUCCUCUUCCUCACCUGCAAUCACACACCUAAGCACACUUGAAACUCCCCCUCCACCGCAGAUCACUACUCCUCCUUUAAAAGGCCUCUAUAAUAUAGAAAAGUUAAUGGUUGUCGGCCAUCCCCAAAAAACCGUGUUUCCGGGUAUGCUGCCCUCGUGCCAUCCGGGGACCUUCCGAGGCAACCGCUGGACCUGCUGCCUGCAGCAGGAUCGCACAGUCCAGGGCUGUAGCCGCACUCACUCAGCCGUGACCCUCGGAGACUGGAGUGACCCCCUGGACCCCGACGCAGAGGCCCAGAUGGUGUAUCGGCAAUUGCUUCUGGGGAGGGACAAGCUCAGGAAGAAAUAUGUGGAGUUUUCUGAGGAGAUCAAGCUGGAACAGGAGGUGACGCAGGUCCAGAGUGGCCAGGAAGGAGAGAUAUCUGCUGUUCCCGAGCAGCAAAGCCCCCCCACAGCCUCAGCUGCUGUCCGUCUACUGGCUGUGAUUGAGGACCUGGAGCAGGCCCACAAGACCUUUGAGCAGGAAGAGAAGGAGCAAGUAGCUAAAGUCUCCCUUCAUUCCUAAGAUCUCCAGCCUUCAGUCCGGCACACUGUCCACUCCCCGUAGUUCUGGACAUUUUUUUUUUUAUCAAGGAAGGAAGAGCUGAUGUCCAGUGAAUAGUAAAGGGCAGGAGCCCAGAAGACAGCUGGCCAGGCCUCUCCUCAGGGCUGCUUCCUGUCUCUCUUGCCCCUCCCCUUUACUUACUCCUUGGCUGCCUAGAGACGCUGAACCUGGAGACUCACUUGCUUGAAAUGACCACUCCCACUCCCUACUUGCCAUCGAGGCUGAGUAUCGAGGUCAUUGACUGAGGAGGCUGGACUGUUUCUCAAACAGCCCACACUGGCUCAAAUCCUCAGGGUGUCCUCUGGGGUCCCUUUCAGCAUAUGGUGCUGAGAUCUUUCCCCUCCAUUGACAGCCACGCUAUGAGCCCAGGAUCCCGUGUCUCAGAUCGUACGUAUCAUCCUGGAAUGGAGGACAAAGCCACGUUCCAUCCAGAGGAGAGAAGACUGAGCUCUCUGGGGCUCAUAGAUUAAGGAACCCCAGGAGUCAUCCAGUUUACCCUUCAUUUUACAGAUAAGGCAACAGAGCCUAGGAGUGACUUGACCAUGGGUAGGAAGAGCUAGGGUCAGCUUUUGAAUGCAGGCCUGGAGUCCAGAACCAAGAACAGACUUCUGGGAAUUAGACAUAUCACUCCAAGAAGUGGAUGAAGGAGGAUUUGGAUGCUGAUUGAUUGGUGUUUUCAGGAGUGGAGAUGGAAUAGCAUGGAAUCAUUCCCACUCUCCCUUGAGAUUGAUGGCCUGCACUGGCAGGGAGUGGCAUUGGGGGAACAAAACAUUUUUCUAACCACUCCAGAUGGGAGCAAACCUCAGUUUCCUCAACGAGCCAGUCAUCCUCUAAGUUGAUUGAACCAGUCUGACUCCCAUAAGUUAUGGUGGCCCAUGGUCAUGAGAUGUGGAUUCUUUUUCAGUCAUUUUUAACUCACCCACAGUGGCUGCUCGUUGUGGACCCUUUGCCCCAACUCAGAGGCGCUCACCAACCCCUUUUUGUUUAUUUUUUAACCCUUGCUCCUCAGUCGCCACCUGGUCAUUGAAUCCUAGAUUGAAAAGAAAUCUUCAGAGGCCAUUUCUGUCUCUGCCUCUCUAGAUGAUUCUAAUCCUCUAUAACAUCCCAGACAACAUGACAUCAAACUUUCUCUCGGAGACCUUCAGUGAUGGGGAACUUACUACCUCCUGAGGCAAUCUGUCCAUUAGCAAGCCUUUCCUGACACUGAGUCGAAAAAUGUCACUGUGUAGCUUCUGGCAUUCUGCUCCAAGUUAGCCCCUCUGGGGUCUGGCAGGACCCACCUAAUCCUCUUUCUUUUGCCUCCUCUCUGGGCUAAACAUCCCCAGUUCUUUCGAUCGGUCCUUGUCUAGUUCAGUCCUUUGUUUCUUCUUAGUGCAUCACGGGGCCUGCCUUUGAACCUCCAUGGCCAAUUCUACACCACUUUGCAUGAACCUUUUUAGUUCUAGGCUGCUAGUCUUAUGAAGGAGGAGGAGAGGAUGCUCCCUCUCCAACCCCAACCAUAAGCCUCUAGCUUUGGUGGUAGAUAAUAUUGUUGGUCUGUAGAGGCUCCGGAACCCACCCAUUCAUCCGGGUCCUUUCAUGAAUCAAUUUUUGGGGAUGUCCUUGGCUCAUUAUCUAUCAGUUAGGGGCUCCUCCCAUGACCUGUUGUGCUUGGAAUGGGUCCCCAGCUCUAACUUUGGGGAUUGAGUUCUUAGAAACAAGAGUGAGACAGCCCACUCUAGCCAUACUGAGAAGACUAGGAGUGGGGAUGGGAUAUUGUUUUCCAGAAAAUUCUAGAGUUUACUGGCCUCAGACACUUAACACUUCCUACUUGUAUGACCCUGGGCAAGUCACUUAACCCCAAUUGCCUGAGCAAAAAAACAAACAAACAAAAAAAAGAUUCUAGGAUUUAGAUUGGAGAAAUUAUCUAGUCCAGUCUCCAUAUUUUACAGAAUAAACAGGGCCAAGCUCACCUAGGUAGGAAAUGAGAAUUUAAAUUCAGGUCCUAUGACUGCUGGCCAAGAGCAGAGAUUCUGGAGUCUGGGAUUGAUUCUACCAGAGACCAUAAAAUGAAUGCACUGGAGAGAAUCCUAGGCUGAGGGUUAUCAGGGAUCCCAUCUCCCCGUUCCUCCUCAGGAGCUGGGCCUGAGAAAGGGAAGAGUAGAUUUAGUUUUAUCGGGAAGGGGGGGGGGGGAAGGGACAGUAGAGACUAGGAGGGUCCCAGGUGCUCCCUUCAUCCAAUUUCAGAGCCAACUGAAUAAGAUGCAGCUUAACCUCUGGCCAGCAGGAGGAGCUGAGCUCCACUCUCUUGAGAUGAGAUUUGGGGCUUCCCAGAGCCUUCCCCCAAUCAGUUAAGACAGUGUGGUCGUAGAGCAGAUGACCCAACAGGAAAGCGGGGGAAGUCAGGGGGUUUCUGCUAGUGGAGCCCCCCAGAUGUAGGCUUAAAGGCAUGCCUUCUGAAGUCUUUGUGACCAUUGGGAAAGGGACCCUCUAAUAAAUAUUUAUUCCUUGGAGGGAGAGGAGGUGGCUAGUCCCCCUAAAUAUGCCUGUUGUGAUUGGUGAGCUUUUGCAGGGGGCAGGAGGGGUCCCUGGAAGGGAUGAAUGAGGGGAGGACGCUGCCAACCCCUGUUCUUCCUCAGUUCUCUAGGGACUACAGCCUGGAAGGGAGCCUUGCUCUGACUUUCCUUUCUCUCUUCUAAUCAACCUUAGGUACCACGUGUACCACUUCAGGGGCCCACUGGGCCCAAGCUCCCCAAGAGAAAGUACCUGGGGCUGACGGCACAGGGCUGGGGCUUCUUGCUUUUAUUAGUUCUUGAAGAACAUGGGCUCAGAGAGGUGAGGGACCCCAGAAGCCAUUUUUAUAUAGUAGGUGUGUUGAAUAACGGAUGUGAAUGAAAGAAUAAGUGAAUUAAUGGCUGAAAACUUGACGCUGUGUGUAUAUGGUGGAAGGGAAGGCGAAGAGAUAAUAGAGAUCUACACCGUUCUCUAGAACUGACAGGGGAGGAUGCGAAUUUCUCUUGCUAUGAUUUUUUGGCUCUCCAGGAUUUUCCCAGAGGGUCUUGCAGAAUCUCCCAGGGGGUGAGGUGGGGUGGGGUGGUAAUAACUCUCUGUGUGGCGCUAGAAUCACCGCACCACCUUGUGGUCAAGUUCAGAAUGGCACUUCUCCAACAUGCUAGGCUGUUUUGCCCAGUGGAGCAGUAAUAAUCUACCCACCCUCCUUUCCUUAAUCCUUACAAGCCCAUUUCCAGAGACAAAAAGAGUGUGAUGGACCUUCCCCUCAUACCCAUUCCCCAGUCUUUACCAAUAGGAGGACAACAUGGGGAGGAGAAAGGCGAUUUAUUUCUCCACCCACAGUGGGACUGGUGUUUUUUUUGAAAGAGCAAUUGUUGACAUCCCUUUAACUCCUGGCCGACGUCCACAAUGGCAGCCAAUCGACAGAGGCAGAGCUGGUGAGUUGCCUAGGCAACAGGUGCCUGGUUGGCUGGGAGCUGUCAUAUCUUUGGGUUUUUUCCCCCCAACACCAAAAAAAAAAAAUUAACUCUUUGUCACCCACUCUCCUUUUUAAGGGUUUUCAUGGUAGGGAGGUCUCAUCUGAGUCCUUAUCCCCCACCCCCCGGCUAGUGAUUGCUCCAGAAUGGGGCUCUCACGUCUCAAAAGGGGUGGCUCAGAAAUCCCACAGUUGGGUUAGGAAAGGGUAUGGGAGAGGGACCACCUGUGUGGUCACGUCUGUCACCUCCUAUAGGCAGAUUGCAACAGGACAGAUAGAAUACAAGGUGGGGGUAAAAGGGAAGGUGAGACAAAGAGAAAAAAGAAGCAAGAUUCCUCCCCUUUCACCCUAGUGCCACCCUCUCCCCCCUCCCCACCCAGGAUUAUCCGUUUAUCGAGGCAAUUAUAUGUGAAUGUUUCCCCCUCCCCCCCCCCCCAACACACACAA